AUUGUAGGAAUGACAGAAGCAGUGAAACAUUGAAGUGAUUGAGUUAGAAAGAGAUGGAAGAAAGAAAGAGGGUGGCAAUAGAAAUAAUGGUGGUGGUGGUGGCGGUGGUGAUGGGUUGUUGCAUGUGGAAAGGGUGCAAUGGUCUGAGUCUGUGUGACAUGAAUGAAGAGGGAUUAGAAGCAUGCAAGCCCUCAGUUACUGAGCCAAACCCAGUUGAUCCAUCACCUGAGUGCUGCAAAGCUCUGGCUGCUGCUGACUUGAAAUGCCUUUGCUCUUACAAGAACUCUUCAACGUUACCUUUUCUGGGAAUUGACCCAAAUCUUGCCGCUUCACUUCCUGCAAAGUGCAAUCUCACUCCUCCAGAUAAUUGCUGACCUCUUUUUCUUUUUUCUCUCUUAUAAUUAUCUUUUCUCCAGAUCAUCUUUUUUUUUUUUAAUUUCUUUUUUGUUUUGCAAUAUAAGAUGUGUUCUUCUUUUUGGUUGUGUACAUUAUGAGUUUGUGAAUUUAAAAGUUUGAGGUUGGAUUGAAAUAA